CGGCCAGGAGCUUCUUCAAACUUCAAACUUCAAACGAUCUUCUUAUAUAUAUAGCCGAAGCUCUCUCUUUCACUCUCACUCUCAAUCUUGUCUACAAUUAGGGUUUUCUUCACUCAGAUUCUCAGCAUGAAGCCGAUUCGCAAGCUCAAGAAACCAGAUUUAUCGUCUUCAAAGUUGGUUUUGGAAGAGAUCAUAGGGCUAACGACGAAGAAUGGCAAUGGAUUGGCUUCGAAUAUCUCGACCGCGAGAUGUGCCUACGUGGCGGGUUGUGUGGUGGUGGUUUACAAUGUGAAUUCGGCAACUCAGUCGCACCUGAUUGCGUCUCAUCGAGUUCCCAAGCCUUUGUGCUGUGUUGCCAUGUCAAAAGACGGCCGUUUCGUCGCGGCUGCAGAGUCAGGGCCUCAGCCUGCAGUGCUAGUGUGGGACUGUGCCACUCUGGCGUUGGUAUCUGAAUUGAAAGGUCAUCUAUAUGGGGUUGCAUGCAUUGCUUUCUCACCUGAUGGGAAACAUCUGGUAUCUGUUGGAGGAUACAUAUACCUUUGGGACUGGCGAAGUGGGAUGUUGGUUACUAAGCUUAAAGCAAGUUCAUCUUGUACUGCUGUCUCGUCUGUUAACUUCUCGUCAGAUGCAAAACUUAUUGUUACUGCUGGGAAGAAGCACUUGAAGUUCUGGACAGUUGGAUCAUCUCCACGGAGUCUCUUAAAUGCAGGGACAGGGUCAAUGGCAUUGCAUGGAAAGCCUGUUGACCUUGGACCUCAGAAAGGAAGCUCAUUCGUAUCUGUUGCAUCCCAAAUGGGGCAUGAUAGUAGUUAUGUUAACAGUGAACAGACUGGUAACCUUUUUCCAAUCUAUGCAUUGACAGAUACAGGUGUUCUUUGCCUCAUACAUUCUGGAUUGUCAGUGAGGAAGUCAGUUGAUUUAAAGGUUGGAAAAGGUUUUGCACUAUCAGCAUCAAACAUGCUAGUUGCUUGUGCAUGCAGUAACGGAAUUGUACAACUCUUUGCCAGUGAUACUCUCACAUAUGCAGGAAGUGUGAUAUAUUCAAAGGCCAAAAAAAGUCAUGGCGAAAGUGAUAUAGUUUGCAAUACUAAAGCUGCUGAAAAGGUUGAUCAAGUUUCACCUUCUCUUCCAGAUGCAAUUGCAUGUCAGUUUUCAACCUCAGAAAAACUUGUUGUUAUUUAUGAAGAUCGUUGUCUCUAUAUAUGGGACAUUCAUGAUGUGAAUCAGGCAACCCGUUGUUGUGUGCUAGUUUCACAUUCUGCGUGCAUAUGGGAUAUCAAGAGUCUCUGUUGUGAAAACAUGCAUGAUCCAUCUCUUGCAUGUGUUGCUAGAGGUUGUUCUGGUGGUGUUUCUUUUGCGACAUGCUCAGCAGAUGGUACUAUUAGGUUAUGGGAUCUAGCUUUGCAACCUGAAUUGUCAGAAGAUGAUACAAACCUCCAUUCUCUUAACACUAAAACAACGGGUGCAACACAUUUAGUCAGUGCUGGGAUUUUUGAACGUGAUACUGUUGAGGUGGGUGUUAGCACUCAAGGAUUUCGGUCAUUGGCAGUUAGUUCAGAUGGCAAGUACCUCAGUGCUGGUGAUUGUGAGGGAAACCUUCAUAUCUAUAACCUACAAACUUCUGAUUAUUCAUGCUUUCAGGGAGCUCAUGAUGCAGAGAUCCUCUCAUUGAGCUUUAGCUUAUCAAGUAAAAAGGAGGCUAAUUCUGAAGAAGCCGUGGAUAGCCAGUCCUUCCUUGCAUCAGGGGGCCGCGAUCGAAUGAUCAAUCUUUAUGAUGUCAAUAGGAAUUUCGAUCUUAUUGAAAGUAUUGAUGAUCAUUCAGCUGCAGUGACUUCUGUAAAGAUUGUCUGCAAUGGCUGUAAACUUCUCAGUUGCAGUGCUGAUAGGUCUCUAGUGUUCCGUGAUGUUGCUACAACUGGUAGUGGUCAUAGAAUUUCACGUCGUCAUCAUCAAAUGGCAUCUAAUGGAACUGUGUAUGACAUGGCUGUAGAUGCAACGAUGGAGAUGGUUGUUACAGUUGGGCAGGAUAAGAAGAUAAACAUAUUCGACAUUGCUGCUGGAAAGCUAAUAAAAUCAUUCAGGCAAGAUAAAGAUUUUGGAGACCCAAUCAAGGUUACUAUGGACCCAAGCUGCAGCUACCUGGUUUGUUCCUACUCUAACAAGUCUAUCUCCGUAUAUGACUUUAUUAGUGGAGAGAACGUCACACAAGCCAUGGGACAUGGUGAAGUUAUAACUGGUGUCAUCUUCUUACCUGAUUGCAAGCAUAUAAUUUCUGUAGGUGGUGACGGUUGUAUUUUUGUAUGGAAAGUGCCUGCUUCUUUGUCUUCUAGGAUGCUGCAGAGAAUGCAUGAAAAUUUAGGUCCAUUGUCUUUAUCAAGCUUGGCUCAGCCAGUAGCUUUUAGUCAACUAUUGUUUUUUGAAGAGGAAGACCAGCAAUGCGGAAUCAAUUGUGAAGAUGCACUGUUGCCAGGGAACUCCAACCAAGUAGGACGAAAAAGACGUUAUCAACAUGGGGAGCCUCGAGAGGACUCAGCAUUUAAAUUUAGUGUUUCCAGACUUCCAAGAUGGGCACAGGAAAAAGUAACAAGCUCUGAUAUUGUUCCUCUGAAUCCCAACUUCACUUUAUCCCAGCAAGUAGACCAGAAACAAUCCUCUCCAGUUGGUGAUGGCCACCAAUACGCCUCUGUGUCCCCUGAAGUUAAAAUUUCUACUAAUCAUGAUACAGGAGGCAAUGAGUCAUGCAUCAGUAGUUUGUCCAAAAGUUCUCCCAAUACUAGCAACAGUAAAAGUUCACCAAUGCCUCAAGAAACUCUUAGUAGCUUUGCCAUGGACAAACGUUGGCUCUCUAUUUAUACUGUAUGUAUGGAUCUACUUAACUCCCCAGAGAUGCAGACUUUAGUAGACAAAAGGAUGUCACUGUCUUCCCCAUAUUUGAAACGAGAUCCAGGUGAUAUACCAAGUAAUGGUCAGUGCUCUUUUGAGCAUAGUGAUCAACUUGGCAUGCACAAUACAAGUGAAUGCCAUGAGGCAGUUAAUUGUAAUGUGGCAGAGCAGUUGCAUUCAGUUAAAAAUGGAAGUGAGAUGGAAACAGACACGGAUGUUAUCACCAGCCAGAUAAAGUCUGAAGACAGCGAUCUGUUCAGACAACACUUUGGAAGUUUAUCAACAACACAUAAGAUAGAAAGAAAGAAAUCCUCAGUGAAGAGAAGGUAUUCCGCUAGAUAUGUUGUGCAGCGGGAUUAUAUUGGUGACUGCAAGAAACUUUUUGGCACGCCAGUUCGAGGUUCGGCUGGUAAAACUUUGAACCACCAGGAAGAAGCUGCAACUCGUGUCACACAGGAGGAUCCAGUAUUCCAUAUCUUGGAAGAACAGAAAAUGGACCUGAAGAACUCAGACCAGAGCUUGCUGAGCCCAAGUUGCACUUUUUCUCAAAGUAAAUUAAUCAAAUGCCCUGGUACAGGAAGUCCAAUAAAAAUAAAUUUUACAAAAGGCACAGACCAGAAGGAAUGUACUUCCAAAGGAAGUGACGUACAGGAAAGAAUUAUUAGAAGCAAGGAAGCACUGCUCAGUUUAAGUGCUGCAGCUGAGAACGCAGUUCAUGUAUUUUCAGACUUUGGAACUAUGGGUUCUAGUGAAGAGUUCUUAGGAGGAACUGAAACUGAGUUAUACGAUGAGGCAGCUAAACUACUUCCAUCAAUUGCAGAGAAAGUCAAUACAGUUGCCAGAUUGGUGCAAUGUAGGAACAACGAUUCAUGUGGAAAUAGAUUGGAUCUUUCAGGAUUUGAACCUUUCUUAGGAACAUUGGCAGAGAGUCUAUCACUAAAAGUCGUUGAAAUGCUGAGGAAGAACCUUAACAGUAAUUAA